GAGUAUGAAAGAGAUCUUCGCAGAUCAACCCGGUGAUGUAGAAGAGUCACAUGAAAAAUACGUGAUUCCGUCCAAAAUUUAUUUCUAAAGAAAAGGUAAACAGAACAAUCAAACAGAAAAAAUAUGGUCCCUUUGUGGUUGAUUUGCCAAAAAUUAGCACGAGAAAAAUGUACAAAUUCAAUUCAUGUAAUACACGUUAUUGAAACAAAAUUUCACAUUUUUUAGCUGAUGAGUACAUUGACAGGAUAGGCAGCAGAAUCGUCCCAUACAAGGAAAAACACUUCGACAACCAACACAUGGGUUCUCUCAAAUUAGAAUCCUCUCUUUUCAGCAAGUCGUGUAGAAACGAUUCAUGUGUCAUUGACUAUGUGUGGUCUCAGGUAAGAGGAAAAAUGGGGUUUAAGACAUAAUUAUGACAAGCUUAAGAAUGAGAUUUUCGGUUGUGUAUCUAAUUCCCCAAAAAUAACCAAAAAAUAAUUCAUUAAAUGAGCGAAAGAAUGUCGUGGAAAUGUGUCUAUCCACGCUUUUGACAGCAUAUACCGAAAAUUUAUUACAUUCACAAACUCAAACUCGAGAACGGAUGUCAGUUAGGUAUACGUUGUUAAAGACCAUCAUUGUUUUCUCAUUACUGAUGAAAAAUUGAAAAUGGUGGCAUCCAAAGCCAUUCUGGGUGUGUGUAAUGACCUGUUAAAACAUAUGGCUGAUUUGAGAUUGUCUAGACGCCAUGAAAAUGUCACCCAAUUAAAGGCCAUCGAUGAGAUAACCAAUACAGACAAAGAAACCACAUUAUCGUGUUGCCAGAUGGAGAAAAAAUGACAGAAGGUAUUGAAGCUCACAUAUCGAAAUCUAACUUUUAUGUUGAAUAUUUGCAUUGGAAUAACAAUGGCCGUUUAGAUGGUUUCAUUAAUCACAGUGACAAUAUGUGUUUGUAUAAAUUCUCACACUGAAGAAGAUGCUUAGAAAGAUGGCAAAAGGCUAUAAGUUAAACGUUCGUUGUAAUCCCUUGAAAACUCGUAAAAAGGUCGAAAGCAAUGUAAAAACAAUACAAAAAUAGGAAAUGAAAAAUAAAUUAGAGAAAGAAUGGCUAAAUUGGACAAAAACAACGAUAAAAGACGAUGAAAAACGCUAACAAUCAUAUUUUGACACCAUUAUUGACAAAAAAUGACACUUAAAUAUAGUAAGAUGCAACGAGAAUAAGCAAUGACAAAAAGCAGGUAUGAAAAUAAAAUUGAUUAAGGAACUUACUCUUUAUUUUGAUUAACAUUAAGUUAAUGUCUUUUUAAAUAAAAAUUUAUAACGAUUAGAAUCAAAAGGAAAAAAUGAAAAUGCACGCUGAAACGUGUCAAAAACAUUAUUUGUGUUGUGACUGGUUAAAAUUAUGCUCAUUUUCACGCGAUUGUGUCAAAUUGAAAUACAGCCUCACAUACUUCUUAUCAUUAUUUGCGUUAUGACUGGUGCAAAUUAUACUCAUUUUUAUGCCAUUGUGCCGAAGCAACCCCCACCAAAUGCAUUUUUCGAGGCUUGUUCACUUUUUAAAGAGAAAAAUUUUGAUUUGAUUUGCGAGUCUUGUUUACUUUUUUUAUGAGAUUUUUAUGUGAUAUUAUUGGAGGGAUUGCGACACUUGUUCACUUUUUGAUUGUGCAAAACUACCCCUAAAAAUGUAUUUUUUGUGUUGCGACUCGUGUUGCUUUUGCUUUUGAAAAAAUGGUGGGAGUUUUUAGCAUGACAGCACUAGCAGUUAUAUGUGUAUGUAUUAUUUUCCACACUCAAUUAUUCCUAAUCCAAGAGACCUUGUUCCUAUAGAUAGGGGUUUGGUUACCACAACGACAAUUCGAACUGAGACUAUAGCCUGUUUACUCAGUCAGUUCUCAUCACGGAAAAUUUCACCCACCUGUUUGUGUAAUUCUAAUAAAACAUUUUCUUUAUUUUUGUAUAUUCUCUCGGUAGGUGGUGUGAACUAUGUAUUAUGGAAAUUUGCAUUCAGCCUCAAUACAAGUAAGAAAAGACAUUAUUGAUUAGUCUUGUCAACUGCUAACCUGGUUAUCGAUCACCCUUUCUCUCCUUUCAUGUGCGAGGUUCCAUGGAAAUCUUAAGUUGAAAAUGACAGAUGAAAAUGAAAAACAAAAAAAAUUUAAAAAUAAGAAGGUCGUAUAUAUAAGAAGGGAAAUCACACCUGAUGCUGGUUCAUAGAAUCAUCAACUGCGCGCUCUCCUUUGUGUUUAAUUCACAAGUCACAAUUUAAUUUUUGCUCAUAACCAUUACAAUUUCCUCAAAUAUGAUUGAUGCUUCACCUACUUUAUUUUUCACUUAUUAUUCUGCAGAAUUGUAAUCGGACAAUGUAAUCUGACAGUUGGCUAUAAUUGAACAGUUAAAGAAGCCAGUCAUACUUUAAGUCCACUCAGUUAAAUCCACCAACCACAGAAUUGAUAAAGUAACCAUAGUAACAUUCAACUACUUCCCAACAAAAUUGGGGAGUUUCCAAAGCUGUUGGAAUUUUGACUCUAAACAAUGUUUCUUUUGGAGAUGUUUUCGCCAUUGUCAAUUUUGACUCACUUCCACGGUUUCCUGAAAGGCUGAAUGGGUGGAACGUUGGAAGGGUAGAUGGCUGGAUGGCUGGCUGGCUAAAUGAUGGCUAGCUGGAUAGUUGGCUGGCUGAAUGAUGGCUAGCUGGAUGGCUGGAAGGCUGGAUGGAUGGCGAGAUAGCCAAAUAGGUGGGAGUCUGGAAGGAUGGCUACAUGGCUGGAUGACUGGAUCGCUGACUGACUGAUUGACUGUUGAUUGACUGAUAUGUUGAUUGUUCAGAAUUCUAUGAUGGACUGAUUAAUUGAUUCGUUUUAUUCUUCUUUUGCCCUGAAUUAUUGCAGUGUAUCAGAAGGUUUCUUACCAAACAUUUUAUGCAGAAAAUGUCUUUUACGAGGAGAAAACUGUACAUAAUCUUGGAAAAGCACGAUACCAAAUGGACCUUGUUAAAUCGGAACGUUUCUCCAUCACCAAUGAAUUUGCUGCUGCUGUCUGUAACUUACCACAAAUAUAUGACCGGAUGGCUUACCACAGAUUUAUAAAGGAUUGGGGGACGGUUGGUUUCUGAAUUAACUUUGUUUCCUCAUUAACUUUUAAUUUGAAAGGAUUUGGCCAGGUUUUAUUUGGUCAGGUUUUUACCAUGGCCAGUGUGUCAAUGAAGAAUACGUGUUUGAAAAUUUUUGAGUUAUCUAUAUAUAUAUAUUGUCCCCUGAAAUUGCAAAAUAUCUGAGUUGCCCUUUCUUUUUUGAACCUCUUGACGAUGUAUAAUUACAUUGAUUUAAGUUGUGUAGGUGUCUUAAAUUAGCCUCACAAUUUUUUGGCACAUUCUUUGCAUGCAUGUUAUCCUUUUGUUUGGCUGAAAGGAUAAAUCCGUCUACAAUAACAAAAAUGUAACAAUUAGGAAAGCAGUUUUCAAUGUUCUGCAGCUGACUAAAGAUAAUGUUUGCGCUACAGUGAUCUGUUUUUUUUUUUUAAUUUCAUGUGUUUUUGCCUUUUUAAUUUACGUAUUAUAAUUUUCGUUUUUUUCCACUUAUAAAGGGGUUAAGUUUCCAAAGAGAGUAACACCAGCUUUGAAACUCUUUACGGAGGCCAAUUCACAAUAUCAACUCACUUGAUAAUACCAAAUUACCUUCAUUUCUCGCUGUUUGGUACUAACCUUCUAAGCGGCACUCCCCCCUUCCCCAAUGGGGGAUUCGUAAGAAUCUUCGGUUUCUGUUAGCGAACAGGUUUGCCGUUCCACACUACACAUUCAAACAGGAAACUGAUUGGUUGCAAUAAUGUGGAUGUGUUGAGGUACAUUUAUGUUUCUGAAUUUUUGGUUGAAAUAUACUCAAGAUAAACUCAUCUCAAUUUUUCAUAAACUUUCAAACAAAGUUAUGUGUAUAGAAAGUUAUUGAUUAUUUGUUUGGAUACCAAGAAUACAUUUUCCUUAAUACAUGUCAAGUUGACCUUGUCUACAUGAUGUACAUGCACCAGAACCCAGUUCUCUUGGUUAUCAAAUGUGGGUUGUUUAACAGCCAUACGUGAAAACCCAAUUUUUUCAUAAAGGUGCUUCUAAUAGAGAUGAUAAUUUUGAUGAUAUUGAUAAUAAUAGGUUCAAGGUUUCCAUCAAGACGCUUUUAAUUACAUUAUAGCGUGUUUCGUCCUAGAAUUUAAAUGAAGUAAACAGUACAGUAGUAAGGUAACUGAGUCAAUGAGAUACUUUUCAAUUUAUCUAUUGGAACCCGCCUGUAGAAUAAUUUAAACUAAACUACAGUCUGGAGAGCGAAUGUAUCUUUUUGUAAGAAUUUUAUUAUUUUCCUUACAGCAUAUUGUCAGCGAGGUGGAACUUGGAACCAAGAAGAUUGAACGCUACAAGAGUUCGUAUGCUGAUUUCGUCAAGUAUGCGAUGAAACAUGUGAGUUUCUGCGCUCACUGAAAUUGAUUUCUACCAAGCAACAGUAUGAAAUAGAUUUUGUUGCUCGGCGUUCAACUGUUCUUGUUUAAUUGCCCUUAAGGCAAAGUCGCAUUUCAUUUGGUUCCAACUCCUUGGUGAGUGCCAACUUACUAUUAUGCUCCAAAGAGCCAUUCUGAUAACGAGAAUAAAUUAGGCAAUAACCUGCAGGUUUUGGUCUAUAGAAGCUCCUUGGAACAUUUGACGUUGAGCUGUGCACCGAUAACUCAACGGAAAUUUGAAACAUGAGUUACUAUUCAAUUCUUUGAUUCCAUGAUGCCUUUUGACGACAAUUUAUAUUAGCUGCGUAAAACAAAUACAUAUGGUGUGAACAAUUACCGAUAAAUCGUUACAGACUGUAACGAAAUCGAAAGAAAAACAUAAAAACCUACUACGUCGACUAUGUUGUGUGUCUUUGCUCUGACUUUUUUUGUUUCUUUCCCAUAGGUGAAAACCGCGGUGUCUAUGUCUGUGUCUAGCGAGUACCGAAGGUAUCGUAGCUCUCUCUCCGUUGACUCUAAAAGGUUCACGGCGUCCAUGACAACUGGCAUUUCAUUUGGAAGUGACAAAGUCAUGUUUCAGUGUGGUACAAGUAACAACCCUGAGCCCAUUGGAAUGAGGUUGAUUUCUAUUGACCAAGCAUUUGACGACAGCUUCUUCAAGGCACUUAGUAAGAAAUACAAAUGUCAGAAUUUGGCACAACGGAGAUUGAACGUGAAAAAGAUUUUGGAAGAAUACCCAGUCUUAGAAGGAGCUAAAAUAUAUCCUCAAGGUAUCAUCACAUAUAGAUUCCUAUUUUAAAGCUAUGUGUGCGCCACUAUUUGUACAACUUGAAACAUUUAUGUUAAUUUGUUUUGGUUGGCACAAUUGCUACUUAAAGUCUUCUUCAGCGCUACCAAUCAGUAACAGCUAUCUUGGUAUAUUCUUGAAUGAUAUUCGUUAAGAUCCUCAUUAACCUUCUUCAUCAUCUUCUGAUGAUGGGGAUCUAAUUUUUCCUGGCUAAUGACCAUGUUAAUGAAAUAAAUUUGGUCUUGAGCUCGCAAAAUUCCAAAAGAAUCUUGGUGUAACCACUUAUUUUAUUGAGAUAGUUAGGUUUGAAAUCUGAAAAGUGCUGACGUGGUACUUUUGAAAGAUUUUCGAACAAAUAGUCCGUAUUGUGAUAUGAAAAGCUUUCAACUGAUUGACUAAUAUUGACGAAACAAUUGACGUUUCUUUGCUUUACUGUUUAUUUUUGGACCAUAAAAGAAUCGUUGAACUGACUUCCUAGAUUUUUUUUUUGUGAACAUUUUUCUUUGUUGACUUAAAUUUCGUGUUCAAAAGACUUUUUCUCUCUUUUUUCCAAAUAUAUCUUUAAGAAGGCACGCAUUUUUCAGCUUCGGUGAAGAAACAUAGUCUCGGGUAGCAACGUCAUUAAGAGCGUAUUCCUUCGUCUAAAAUAACGUGCAACUCUGUAACUAUGUUAAAGAGUUGUCGCAUUAAAGGUUUCUUGGAAUUUUUUUAGAUCCUAUAAUCCGCAUUCCUCUUACUUGGCCACUGGGAAAAUACGGACUUCCUAUGGCAAAAUCAGGAUGUCCAAAUGGAGGUUUUUGGCACACGGGCUGGCGAUACCACGACACCGAAGAUAAAGACCCAAACAAUCAUUGGUCAAACCCCUACGAUUUGUCGGGACGUGUUGGCAAAAGUUACAUGAAUCAAGAGUUCUGUAUAAAGACAAAGUCUCGAACAUCCAGGUAUAAUAUGCCAUGGCCUGAAGGAAAAUAUUGUAUCUUUAAAAAAGAAGAUUGCCCUGCAGGUUAGUUGAAAAAGUCCUUUUUUAAUGAAAAUGUUAAUAAAUUUUGGACUUUUCCAAUUGUUUUAUGGUGAGCAUGGCGAAGCUUCUUUUCUCACAAGCAGUAUAAAUUAUGUAACAUGCUUAUCUUUAAUUCGGUCAACAAAAAUUUCGAUAUCCGCUAUCCGUGAUUGAUUACUUUUUCCGCCAAGAUCCAUGCCUUAAAUCCUCUGGUACGACUCUUUCCAAAAACAUAACCGUCUGCGGCCGUUACAUGUAUUUUCAUACCUUAAAUGCAGAUCUUGAAUCAAUCAAGCACAAGGCCUACCCCUAUGAAGGAAAAAUAUUGAUUUCAACCGGAAUUUUUUGCCUUUGAAGUCUUAUUCUUGCACCUUAUUCGAUGGUUUAAUAUAUAAUACACGUGGGUAUUUUGCGAGUUGGGGCAAAGAAAGAACGGCAAUAAAUAAAUUUUCCACCUAUUUUAUCUGUUAAACCAUCGAAUAAGGAUUUAUUAUUCCGCUAUUAUUUCAUUUUCUAGGCCUCUAGUUUUACAAAUGCUUCUUACGACCUUAGCUCAACAACGUAUCGAUCGCAUAGAAACAACAAAAACGAAACCAUUUUCACAAGUAUUUUUAUUGCCAACAAAAAUAUCUUUUAAGUUUAAAAGUUAAGUCGUUGCUUAAAAAGGCAAGCCGAAAAACCCGAAAGAAAUCAAAGGUUGAAGCGUUCAGUGCGGUCAUUUUUUGGCUCCGUUUUCUGCCCGUGUUUUUUUCCCUGUUCUACGAUGUAAAACCGUCGCAUACUUUUAGCACUCCGUUGCCCUGGUGUGUUCAAAUGACGUAAUCGUGAAAUGAUAAAUUAUAGAAGUCGUAACUCACAUCUUCCCUCAAAUAAAUGAUUCAAUUCAAGCGUAAUGCUGCGCUAAAUUUUUGCUGCACAGAUUUCGAGGAGGCAUACAUUCGUUGGGAUGAUGAAGAUGACGAUAACAGAAAUGAAAGAGGUGGCACGCUUCCGGAAGGUCAUUACAACUAUAACACUCGCAUCGAAUACUGUUGCCGUACGGAUGGAGAUGCCACAGAAGCCAUUCGCCUUCCAACUGGCUCACCGUUUGCGCUGAUAAAGGCUAACAUCCACUUCUGUCAGGAAGUGGUCGGAAUGAGACACAGAUCAGCGUAUUUUUACUGGGACACCGAAGAUCACAAACCGAAUGCCGCCAUACACGGACCGAUCAACGCUGAGUUGGAUUCACACCGUAAUAUAAAAGUUCACUACUGUCAUUACACUUAACCCAGUAUCAGUGCCCCACUCGCAGCCACAGACGUAACUGAUGCCUCAAGAAGAUUUCGCCUUGUUUUUAGACAUUAGAAGUGAACGAGAAAAAUAAAGGGAAAGUAAAUUGUAAACUAGCGUCAGAAGGCGCUUUUGAGAUCAGAAAUUAAAGCUAACAUGGUGCUGGGUCAAUUGAUCUGAUGCCUCAAUAUUCUUGGUAAUACUGCAGCUUUUGGAGCACUGGUUUAAUCCAAAGGUACCAGACUUCCUGGCCGCAUAUUAUGUAACGAGUGUUUGUUUGUAUUUUUGGUUUUUCUUUGUUUGUUUCCCUGGUUUAUCUUUGGCAUGCCGACCAUAUUCCGCUCUUUGUAAUCCAGUAUAUUUUUUCCUUCGUGUCAAUGACAGCAUUCCUAUGAUGCAGUAAGAAAUGAUAAGAGCGAGACUCAAGUUCGUACAAUCUUGACGUUGAUUUAGGAUGACAAGACCGUUUUCAUGCUUCUUUACAUAAAUGACGCACAGCUUAAAAUCGGACGCAGUUUUAUUCAUGUAUGCUUUCCUCAAUGGUGUUUUGAGGUCACGAACCCUACGAC